CAGGUCAAUUAACAGUUGCGUUAGAGAUAACCUGCAACUCGAAUUGAUAAGAAAGUCAACGUCAGUUAACAAUCUAACUGUGGAUGAAAUGAUUGGGGAAUGUCACAAUUCAGAAUGCGGUAUUGUGUACUGCUCUUCCCGAUUUGAAUGCGAAUCGCUUUCCUUUCAUCUUGUUGAAUCUUGUUUUACCGCCGCUCCAUAUCAUGCCAGUUUUUCUGAUAUUGAGAGAGAAUUUUCACAGGGAAAUUGGAUGGCAGGACUGUGCCAGAUAAUUUGGGCUACUAGCGCUUUUGGAAUGGGCGUAAACAAACCCAAUUUGGAAUUUGUGUAUCAUCUCACCAUGCCAAGUUCGCUUAGUUACUAUUAUCAGGAAUGUGGAAGAUCAGGGCAAGAUGGGUCCCUUGCGUCAAGCGUGAUGUUUUACAAUUUCUCAAAUCUUCUCUUUUUUAAACGUUUAUCUGACGGUAUGGAAUAAAUUACUGUGAUUGUUGGGAAUAAAUCCCAACAAACGACGACGACAAGAUCCGGACGCCGCGUCUGCACACCGGCGCAUUUCCGCGACUUCUGCCUUGGGGGCCGCCGCUAGGUGGCUCCAACUCCACUCAUUGUUUCCCGUCCUUUAAUUGUUUUACGCCCCAUUAAAAUUGCUGUAUUAAAGUAAAAAUAUAUCGUUGAGAGAGGACAUGGUCGUUUGUGUCGUAUUUAUUUCAUCAUAAAAACUGUAGUACACGCCAACCAAAUAUAAUAUAGUUUUUACAUGGCCCUUCAAACAAUUAUCUAACCAGUGAAACACCGUGUCCUCCCUCUCAACUCAAACACUCAUAUUUAACUUGUAAAACCGGC